UCGGUCUCUGCUAGGUGCAGCAUGUAUGUGAGCGUGUGUGAGCCAGCAGAGCCGCCCGUGUGUUUACAUGUCAGCCUAUCAGUGCUGCCGGAUUUAGCGCAUCUGGAGAGGACGGAGGCAUCUCUCAAAUGCCCCCUCAGACAAGGGAUUCUCAUCUCUGCUCAUAUCCCAUCUCUCCCAUUUGAAUCUCGCCUGCCCUGAAUCCUGCAUCCCUGUCUCCAUGCUUUCGGAGGCAUUUUGAAUUUCCUUGGCAACAUGGAGCUGCCUGAAUUAGAAUUCUCUGCAUGACAGUCCUGGUAAGCAGUAGGAUGGUGUCGGCAGAGGCAGGUGGGCACAGCUACUUGGUGGCAUGCUGGCAGCCCAUCCUGAUCCUCAUGCUCGGCACCGUCCUCUCCGGCUCCACCACCGGUUGCCCCUCCCGAUGUGACUGCAACGGUCAGGAGCGCUCAGUCGUGUGUCAUCGACGGAGACUGGCAGCUCUUCCCGAGGGGAUCCCCACAGAAACAAGGCUGUUAGACCUGAGUAAGAACCGUCUGAAGGCUCUGGGACCUGAGGAGUUCAUCAAUUACCCUCAGCUGGAGGAGCUGCAACUCAACGAAAAUACAAUUUCAUCCAUUGAGCCAGGGGCUUUUAGCAACCUUAUGAACCUUCGGAUUCUGGGUUUGCGCGACAACCGGCUGAAGCUCAUUCAGUUGGGAGUUUUCACUGGCCUCACCAACCUCACUCAGCUGGAUAUUAGUGAGAACAAACUUGUCAUUCUGCUCGACUAUAUGUUUCAGGAGCUGUACAACCUGAGGGCUUUGGAGGUUGGCGACAAUGACCUAGUUUUCAUCUCACCGCGAUCAUUUCAUGGUCUUAGCAACCUUGAGAGCCUCAACAUUGAGGGAUGCAAUCUGGCCUCAGUGCCUACUGAUGCCCUUAGCCAUCUACAUAACCUGUUGUCACUUCGAUUACGGUAUCUCAACGUCACUGUCAUAAGGGAUUACUCCUUUAAAAGGCUGAAUCAGCUCAGAGUGCUGGAAAUUUCUCAUAUGCCUGCUCUGGAUACCAUGACCCCGAAAUGCUUGUUUGGACUCAACCUUACAUCACUGUCCAUCACAAACUGUAAUCUCACUGUCAUCCCCUAUCAAGCUAUCAGUCACUUGAGGUACCUUCGGUUUUUGAAUCUGUCCUUCAACCCAAUUCAUACUGUGGACGGGAACCAACUGUUCAAUCUGCAAAAGCUGCAGGCUUUUCAUCUGGCAGGUGGGAGGUUAGCUGCCAUUGAGCCUUACUCUUUCCGAGGUCUCAACCAUCUCCGCCUGCUUAAUGUGUCCAGCAACAGCUUGAGCACGCUGGAGGAGUCGGUUUUCCACUCAGUGGGGAAUCUGGAGACCCUUGCUCUGUACAACAACCCUCUGGCCUGCGACUGUCGCUUGCUCUGGGUCUUCCGUCGAAGGUGGAGACUCAACUUCAACCGACACCAGCCCAUGUGUGCUUCGCCUGAGGUCGUGCAAGGAAAAGAGUUCAAGGAUUUCCCAGACAAACUCCCUCCUGAGUAUUUCAUCUGCCAGAAAUCAAAGAUCAAGGAUUAUAAGGUGCAAGAAAGCCAUGUAGACGAAGGAACCACGGUGCAUUUUGCCUGCCAAGCUGAAGGUGAUCCAAUUCCUGUUAUAAUGUGGCUGUCCCCCAAGAAGGAAUACAUUACUACCAAAACUGUGGCCUCGAGACUUUCUGUGUCUAACGAGGGUACUUUGGAGGUGCGAUAUGCCCAAAUCCAAGACAAUGGUACCUAUUUGUGCAUUGCAAGUAAUGCAGCGGGAAAUGACACCAAAGCUGCUCACCUCUUUGUGCAUAGCUACUCCCCGAAUUGGCCCCACCAGCCAAACAAGACAUUUGCCUUCAUUUCAAACCAGCCAAGCGAUGAAGGGGCGAAUGUGACCCGGGCUACAGUUCCAUUUCCAUUUGAUGUGAAGACACUUAUCAUUGCUACCACCAUGGGAUUUAUUUCUUUCCUCGGAGUAGUCCUCUUCUGUCUUGUAAUAUUAUUCCUCUGGAGUAGAGGGAAAGACAAUACAAAGUCAAGUAUAGAGGUUGAAUAUGUGCCACGCACAGAGGAAACGGAGGAGACCAGCCCGGCUGAGGCACCUGUACAAUUCAACAUGAAAAUCAUGUGAACACAAGGUGGUCAUGUAAGCUUA